AUGGCGGAUCAGCUCACCGACGACCAGAUCGCCGAGUUCAAGGAGGCCUUCAGCCUCUUCGACAAGGACGGAGAUGGUUGCAUCACCACCAAGGAGCUGGGAACAGUCAUGCGUUCGCUGGGGCAGAACCCAACGGAGGCUGAGCUCCAGGACAUGAUCAAUGAAGUCGACGCUGAUGGCAAUGGCACCAUUGACUUCCCAGAGUUCCUCAACCUGAUGGCCCGCAAGAUGAAGGACACCGACUCAGAGGAGGAGCUCAAGGAGGCCUUCAGGGUGUUCGACAAGGACCAAAACGGCUUCAUCUCUGCUGCUGAGCUCCGCCACGUCAUGACGAACCUCGGCGAGAAGCUCACCGACGAGGAGGUGGACGAGAUGAUCCGUGAAGCCGACGUCGACGGUGAUGGCCAGAUCAACUAUGAGGAGUUUGUCAAGGUGUUAUCCUGUGCUUUGGUGCCUGUUUUCGCUUGUGAAUGGCAGAUGAAGAUACAAUUGAUGCCUGGAAUUCUCUGUGCUUGUGCAAGAGUGGAACACACGCACACACACAUGGAGCAGGAGAAGAAGCUCAAGGUGCUUUGCCUCCACGGCUUUCGGACAAGUGGGGGUUUCCUGAAGAAGCAGAUCAGCAAAUGGCACCCUUCCAUCCUCCAGCAGUUCGACACGGUCUUCCCUGAUGGCCAGUUCCCAGCUGGGGGGAAGUCCGACAUCGAGGGCAUAUUCCCCCCACCAUACUUUGAGUGGUUUCAGUUCGACAAGGAUUUCACCGAAUACACAAAUUUAGACGAGUGCAUUGCCUAUCUGUGUGAUUACAUGGUGAAAAACGGGCCUUUCGACGGUCUGCUUGGAUUCUCCCAGGGCGCAACACUUUCAGCCCUUUUGAUAGGCUACCAAGCACAGGGCAAGGUGCUGAAUGAUCACCCACCAAUUAAGUUCAUGGUGUCAGUAUCCGGGAGCAAAUUCAGGGACCCAAGCAUCUGCGAUGUGGCCUACAAGGACCCGAUCAAGGCGAAAUCUGUACAUUUCAUUGGAGAGAAAGACUGGCUCAAAGUACCUUCCGAGGAGCUGGCUUCUGCCUUUGCUGACCCUCUCAUCAUAAGGCACCCCCAGGGUCACACUGUCCCCAGGCUUGAUGAGGCAUCUGUGAAGCAGCUUUCUGAAUGGAGCGCAAGCAUCCUGGAAGAUCUCAAGAACGCAGACGCUCCCAAGGCCUCAAAUUCAGAGAGUUCAGUAGAUAAGGACAAUGUCGGCGUGCAGUCAGCAGAAAACCUGAGGGAACAAGUUGCAGCUUGA